AAUCAAAGCACAUUGGUGGAUGAGGAGGACAAGUUAUGCUGUCUUCGUUUUUCUCCUCUCCUCUCUUUUCUUCUUUUGUCUGAAGAAACAUGGGAGGGAGGGAAGGAAGGCAUUCACUAUUAUAUCUCCUAUCCUCCAACCCAAGCAAGGAAGCCCAACUGGAGGCCCAGCCCAAGCAAGCAAGCCCAACUGGAGGCCCAGCCCAGCGCAACGGCUACCUUCCCUUGCCCCCACCCCACGAGAUUCAAAUAGGGUACCAUUCCUCCUCCUCCUCCUCCGCCUUGCCCCCACCCCACGAGAUUUCCAUUGGAAUCCAAAUCCAAAUCUCCUCUACCACCUCCGCCUCUAGGGCAAAGCAUUUGGAUCGGAUCGGAUCGCCUCUAGGACCGAGCUGGGGCGGGGAUGGGAUCCAUGGCCGCGCAGCAGCUGGAUGCUAGGGUUACGACGCUCCCCGGCGGCGCCGAGGAGUACAUGCGCGACUCUAUUCAGACCUCCCUCGGACUCCCCGUCUCCGACCACUCCCUCCGCCUCAAGCUCCUCGCUUCCGAGGACCAGCGCCGCCGCCUCCAGGACCACGUCUUCUCCCUCGAGGAGGACCUCCGCGCCGCCCACCGCCGAAUCCAACUCCUCAAGGCCGAGGCCGCCAUGAACGCCGCCGGCCUGCGCCGCUGCGUCGAGGACAAGGAGACCAUGGCCGCCGCCUACAACGACCUCUCCACUAAAUGCGCCAAGGAAUGCGCCCUCUACGAGCGCGACCUCGAGCGCGCCAUGGAGUCCUGCGACGAGCUCGCCAGGGAGAACGAGGAAUUGCGCGCACGCCUCCACCAAAACGCCAACUUGGCAGCAUUGACGGCUCAAGUGCAAGACCUACACAAGGAUAAGGAGGCCCUGAGGAUGAAUCUUGACAAAGCAGAGGAGGAGGUGAAUACGCUGUGUGAGGACAAUAGAAUUCUUGACGAAGAGAACAAAAGGCUGCUGGGUUUGUUGGAGAAAGAGCGACAGCGCCGAUCUGAGAGAAAGCAAUCUGCCAGUACCUCCUCCAAGAAUAAGCGCAAGUCGUCAACUUUGAAGGAUGGCAGUCCAGUUGGUGGUCGGGCUAUCGACUUUAGCGGUGCAGAUUCAUCAAGGCAUCCACUGUCACCCUUGCCCCACAACUCUCCGGACUGCAGGGCGCACAAGAAAUGAAAGUCAGCUGACAUUUCCUUCCUUGUCUGCAACUGCUGAUCUGAUCUGGUCCUACAAACUUGGCUUUCUUUGUGGGUACAAGUGAACCUGAAAUCUUCUUGUUUCUGUAUCUGUUAGUAUCAUUUGGUCAGAAAAUUAUCUUCCUUCCCUAGGUUAAAAUGUGUCCAACCAACGUAUUGUUUGGUGCCCUUGUGGUUGUUCUUCAAGGGUGCUGGUCCGUUCGUCUGAAAUGAAAGCCUCGGGUAGAUGGUUUUUCCAAAGCAUCUUUGAUGAUCUCCUUUGAGGAGAAUCAUCGACCUUGCAGGGAACGAAACAAAAGACGAAGAAAACAAAGGUUGGCCAUCAUUGGUGGGACAGGGUCCAACAUACUCAACUAUUGCUUCAGGGAGCUUCAGGUGUGAUUUACUCAUAUUUCUUCAUGGAUGAAUGAAACAAAACGAGUUUCUGAGAUGCCGUACGAAUCUAGAGCGCUCCCAAAGGUUGUUAAAAUCGUGAUACUGAAUUGAAUCGGAUCGGACACGUUCAGGUAGGAUCGCAUUUUAGGAUUAUCGUAGAAUCUAAGAUCCUAACCGAUUGUACAUCUUCCUAUCUUUUACUCCGGAUACAUUUCGAGAGAGAGGGAGGGGCAUGAUUGUUUAUUUCGUCAUUUGGAACCAAAAUUGAUUAAUCUCGACUAUAUAAAUCAUGAGUUGUUUGUGCAUCAUGUCUUCUCCUAUCAUCCUCUCAUAUAAUAAAACCUCUAAAAUUUUAUUAAUUUAACCAUUUUUGCUAUCCAACCUCGUCCUUUAGCCUCUUCGCCUCGUUAUCGUUACAAAUAUGAGACUCAUCUGACUAAUAAAAACAAAUGAAGAUAUUAGAAGGAAAAAUAGUGGAUAAUCUCAUCAUACUUUUUUACAUCUCAUCUGAAAUCAAUCUACAACAUCAUUUCUGACAUAUUUGUUCCACCACACUUAUA